AUGGUCGCUGCAGCUACACACGGUAUACCACCGGCGAAGACGCCGUUAAAGGUCGUCGUGGUGGGAGCAGGCAUUGGAGGGGUGGCGGCCGCUCUCACGCUCGGAUUGCGCGGUCACCGCGUCUUGAUUGUUGAAACGGCGCCGAAGCUCAUGGAAGUAGGAGCCGGCAUCCAAGUCUCUCCGAACAUGUACCGAUUGCUCGAACGCUGGGGCGUUUCUACCAUCCGCGACACAGCCAUCGCGCUGCAACAGAUCGAAGUGCGGCGAUGGCAAGACGGCAGUCUCCUCGUGCGCACGCCCACCAACACCGACUUUGGCGAGUCGUUCACCAUCCACCGUGCGGACCUGCACACGGCCAUCCUCGACCGGGCCCUCGCCCUGGAAAACGUGGAACUGCGCGUGAACUCAACCGUGACAGACAUCCGAUUCGACACGACCGAAGUCGUCCUCGCCGACGGGACGGUCAUCGCAGGCGACGUGGUGAUCGCCGCCGACGGCAUCAAGUCCACCAUCCGGGGCAAACUGCUCAACGACACCACCGUCAAGCCCACGGCCACCGGCGACGCCGCAUACCGCAUUAUCCUGCCGCGGAGCAAGAUGCUCGCGAAUCCGGAGCUGAGGCAGCUCAUCGACCAGCCUAAGGCGACGCGCUGGAUCGGUCCCGGCCGGCACAUCAUCGCCUACCCGGUGCGCAGUCACGAGCUGUAUAACGUCGUCCUCUUGCAUCCGGACCGGGGCACCGUCGACGAGUCGUGGACGACCCGGGGCUCGAAGCAGAAUAUGAUCGAUGACUAUGCCGGAUGGGACGAGAAGGUCCGUCAGAUCGUGGGCAUGGUGGAGGAGGAUGAAGUUCUCGAGUGGAAGCUGUGUCUGUAUCCGCCGCUGAAGACGUGGACGAGAGGGUCGGUGGCCCUUCUGGGCGAUUCGUGCCAUCCAAUGCUGCCGUACGUCGCCCAAGGCGCCGCUCAAGCGGUGGAGGAUGCUGCCGCGCUGGGCAUUCUCCUGUCAGCCAUCUCCUCUCGACAGGAGAUCCCGCUGGCGCUGCAGGCGUACGAACGCUCGCGCAAGCAACGGGCUGAAACCGUCCAGCAGUCAGGCACGCAAAACCGCAUCACACUGCAUCUGCCCGACGGGCCUGAGCAGCGAGCCCGGGACGAGCAAUUCCGCCAGGCGAUGAACGGAGGGGCCAAUCCGGACCGCUGGGUCGACCGCGAGACGCAGAAGUUCCUCUGGGGAUGGGAUGCAGAGGAAGCGGCGGUGAAAGCCUGGAUAGAGCUCGUGGGGAACGAAGCCCAGGUGAAUGCCAGUCUGUAG